AUGUCUUAUCUCAAAAACAAAUUUGCAAAAGAAUUGUUAGAUUUCAGUGGCUUUGACAUCAGCACUAUCUCACCAACUCCAUUACCAAUAAAUCUGAAGUUAUAUAUUGAUCAUGGUGAUCCAGUUAAUGAUCCAUCACAUUAUAUAUCUUUGAUUGGUAAACUGAAUUUUUUGAUAAAUACGAGACCAGAUAUUAGUUAUGCAGUUCAAACUCUCAGCCAGUUUAUGCAAGAUCCUAAAGAACCACAUUUACAAGCUUUACAACAUGUUUUGCAGUACAUCUCAGGUACCAUAACAAAAGGUAUUCUCUUAAAUGUUUCUGAACAGCUUACAUUACAAGCCUUUUCUGAUGCUGACUGGGCAGCCAGUCCUAAUUCUAGGAAGUCUGUCACUGGCUAUCUGAUUCUCCUAGGGAAAUCUCCUAUAUUAUGGAAAAGCAAGAAACAAUCUAAUGUUUCUAGAUCAUCCUCUGACUCAGAAUACAGAGCAAUGGCAUCAGCAGCCAGUGAACUUACAUGGCUUGUGAGAUUAUUGGAAGAAUUAGGCAUUCAAGAUCUCAAGCCUGUCACACUUAACUGUGAUGUGACAAUCAAUUUGUUCACCAAAUCCAUUCCCUCACCACAUUUCAAGCAUCUUCUCUCCAAUCUAGGAUUAGUCACAACACCUAAUCCUAGUUUGACGGGGGUAUUGGGAAUACUGCUUCUGCUUCAUCAUGACCACUAG